GCUCACUCAGUCACUCUCUCUCUCUCUCUCUCUCACUGUAGACGAUUCGCAGGCUCCGAACGUCUUACGCGACUGUGUUCUCUCGCUUCAUCUCUCUCACUAGACAAUAAUUUCUCCAAUCUCUGACCUCCACCCCCUUCAUCAAUCUCCUUGACCAAGUCUCCAAGUACAUACUCUGGUUAGAGCCUUGAAAAUAUUAGAUGUGAUUUAGAGGUUACAAGGUUUGGAUUGGGCUGUGAGUGUAUUUAUGAUUCUUGGGCCUGUGGGACGGAUUAUAUAUGAUUCUUGGAUAUCCUCUGUUGUUAGAUUUUUGACAAGCUACUUUUGCUUCCGCUCCAUAAAAGUAUCAUCUUGGCUAGCAGUUGCUUUUUCUGACCCUAUACUACUUUAUCAAAGAUUUGAAUCAUGCUGCCAACUGACUCAAGAAAACUAUCAUUUAGUCGCUGCAUUGCUGAUGGGGAUUUGGUAAUUGUGUAUGAGAGACAUGAUAACAUGAAGGCUGUUAAAGUAUGUGAUACUGGGGUUCUUCAGAAUCGUUUUGGUGUAUUCAAGCAUUCAGACUGGAUCGGGAAACCUUUUGGUUCCAAGGUGUUCAGCAACACAGGUCGAUUUGUUUACUUGUUAGCUCCAACCCCUGAGCUGUGGACUUUGGUUCUGAGUCACAGAACUCAGAUACUGUACAUCGCAGAUAUUAGCCUUGUUAUCAUGUACUUGGAAAUAAUUCCUGGUUGUUUGGUUCUUGAGUCGGGCACUGGAAGUGGAUCUUUAACUACGUCUCUUGCAAGGGCUGUUGCACCCACCGGACAUGUACAUAGGGCUGCCUCAGCCAGGGAGGAUUUUGAGAGGACAGGACUUAGCAGCUUAGUCACGGUGGCAGUCAGGGAUAUUCAGGGUGAGGGGUUUCCUGACAUUUUUUGUGGGCUGGCAGAUUCUGUUUUCCUAGACCUACCUCAACCUUGGCUGGCCAUUCCUUCUGCUGGGAAAAUGUUGAAACAAGAUGGGAUCUUGUGCUCAUUCUCUCCAUGCAUUGAGCAAGUACAACAUUCAUCAGAAGCUCUUAGAUCAAAUUUUACUGAUAUAAGAACAUUUGAGAUACUCCUGCGCACAUAUGAGGUCCGAGAAGUAAAAAUGGAGAGCUGCCAAGGUGAUGAAGGCAGUUCCCUUGGGUCUCUUCCUUGCAAGAGGAGGCAGCCUUCAAGUGAAGGAAGGAAUGGGAGUGAGAUUUCUAGUUCUCCCACAGUCAUGGCUAGGACAUCCGGUGAAGCAAGAGGUCACACCGGCUAUUUGACAUUUGCUAGACUCAAAUGUGUCACUUAGAAUUUUGUAUUGAUACUACAGAAAAGUUUUGCAGUAUUACAUCUGGGUCAUUCCAUUGCUUGUGCAUUGGUUACUUCUCCUGAUCACUUAGAAAGUUCUUAAAAGAACUAUUUCUCGGCUUGCUAUUAUUUCCAUUUUUUUGGAGUAUGAAAGGCUUGGGGACAGAUAUGAAGAAAGGCCUCCACCCAACUCUCUUGGGAGCUUCAUUUUUUUAGUGAUCUUGAAGUUUAGACUGGUUUGCAUUGCGAAGGAUGUAUUAUGGUGAAGUCUUUAAGCUAAUUAUUGAACGCUAUUCGUUGAAAUUGGACUGAGGUGGUAUAUAAUGUUGGAAAAUUCUCAUAGAUUGGCCAAUUGUCCUUGGAAAAUACUUUUGUACUGCCCUCUCUUGUAGUGU